GUUUUUUUUUUUUGCUGGACUGAGGCAUGCCUGUGUGUGUAGCGGAGAGCCAGCUUUUACCGCAUUCAACAGUGUUUUCAAAUCACGGGGCGAAAGUCAGUGGAGGCUUGUGUGGCGCAAAUGAUCCGGGGACAGAUCGGCUAAAGUAACACCGUCUAUCCUUUGAGGAUGGUGUGUGUGUGUGGGGGUGCAAUUUAAAGCACUGAGCUGAGGCAGAACGAUCCUUAUGUGAAGUCUCCCGAUGAUGUCGACUUGGACACUUUUACCAUGGAGCUGCAAGCUUGAAGAGUGAGAAGAGGAAUUUGCAAAAAGGAGCCUAAUUUUGAGGCAGAAACCUAUUUUUUGUGCAUCUGGAUGGAAAUAACCUACACGUCCAAAGCUGUAAAGUGUGAUUUUUUUUUAUAGUUGAAAAAAAAAAAAAACUUGCCCCUGUAUGUGGAUUGAUUUUUUUCUGCUCUCUCCUCUCAGCAUUCCCUCAGUCAGUCGACGGAUUUUUGCCAUUACAGCUCAGUAGAGGGUGUCAGAUCUUUCUUAGAGCACCGCGCUAGGAUGAACACAGUCUCCGCGUUCCUCUUUUUGUGAUUCCCGAAUCGCCGCACACACACGCACACACACACGCACACAAAAUAGAGAAGGAGGAGGAGGGGGGAGGGUGAGAGAAACGGCGCAAACGAGCGAGGCAAGAACGCCGAAGGAUGUGAGGGGGGAUGCGGGUGUUUUGCAGCGGUGGGAUCGCCUCCGAAAGCUCCAGCGCAGGGUGUGAAUUCAGCACCAGGGGAGAGGGAACAGCUCCCAACGCCGCAACACGCAGCACGACUGGAGGGGGGGUGGGAGAGAGAAGAGAAAAAGGCACGGAUUUGUUCAUUUUUUUUUUUUUCUUGCCAAGGUCAGUCUUAAACGAAGUGAAAAAGCCUAAAGAUGUGUUGGACUCUACUGCCGCUCGCUGUUUUUGAUUUUGAUCAUAAACACGCGGAGGCUCUGAGGAUUCAGUCGAUGUGAAAGAGACGUUUAUGUGGUCAUUUUCAAACUGCAAGUCUGGACACAAGAGCAGGUUAGAUGCAGCAUGGAUCUGUUAUAAAAGACUGCCUUAUCUUCUCCCUAAAUGUCUAUAUCUCCUCCUGUUUUUCUUCUGAUUGAUGUAGACUAAAUUCACAGCUCGUAUGUCUUGAAACCGGGAAUGAAUUGUUCACGUUGAAAAAUGCUGCUUUGGAUUGUUCUGCUGAAUGCGGCUCUUUGUGUUGCUAGUGGAAAUGUUACAAGGGACGUUUGUAAGGAGCAGAUAUGCUCUUGCAACGAGAUAGAGGGAGAUCUGCACAUAGACUGCGAAAAAAGGAGCUUCACCACUCUGCAGCAUUUGACUGGCCCGAGCUCGCAGUUUUACCACUUGCUGUUGCACGGGAAUUCUCUAUCCAGGCUAUUUCCCAACGAGUUCGCCAACUUUUACAAUGCUGUGAGCUUGCAUUUGGAGAACAAUGGUCUGCACGACAUUGUCCCCGGCGCCUUUCUGGGGCUGCAGCUGGUGAAAAGGCUGCACAUCAAUAACAAUAAGAUAAGAUCAUUCAGGAAGAGUACAUUUCUGGGGUUAGACGACUUGGAAUAUCUCCAAGCUGAUUUCAAUCUACUGAGGGAUAUUGACCCCGCCGUUUUCAGGGACCUAAAUAAACUUGAAGUGUUAAUACUUAACGACAACCUCAUCAGUGCGCUACCUAUAAACGUGUUUCAACAUGUGCCCAUUACGCAUCUCGACCUGCGGGGAAACCGAAUCAAAACGUUGCCUUAUGAGGGGAUCCUUGAGCAAAUACCGGGCAUUGCGGAGGUUUUGUUGGAGGACAACCCAUGGGACUGUAACUGCGACCUGGUUUCUCUGAAGGAAUGGCUGGAGAACAUACCGCAUAACGCGCUCAUUGGGAGGGUGAUAUGCGAGGCUCCCACCAGGCUGCAAGGGAGCGACUUAAACGAGACGUCAGAAGAGGAUCUGUGCCCUUCACAGAGCGGCGGCGUGGACGCCAGCCUGGUCGCCCCUCCCACCCAGGAGGAGACCUCGCAGCCUGUGGCCCACGGCCCGCGUCCAACGUCUUGCAAGCCCAGCGGAGACGCAAGCGGACCCCCGACGCCUGGUGGCCACGGACCCAAGAGCCGCUCCAAAUCUCGUGAGAACUGGCAGCUGAAAACUAAGCCCACUCCAGUGGUGACAGGUGUGAACGGGGAAAGAGAGCAGUUGCACAACAUGACGUGCCCCCAGCCGUGCAACUGCAAGCUGGUCGGUUCCAGACAAGGGCUGGGGGUCAACUGUGAGGGCAAAAAGAUCGAGAGCUUAUCCAACCUCAAGCCUAAGCCCCUGGCCGCUCACGAGUUGAACAUGAGAGAUAACAACAUCCACGCAGUGAAAAAGAAUCAGCUGCUCGGCUACUCCAGCCUGAACCUGCUUGAUCUGGGUGGGAACAACAUUAAGGUGAUUGACAACAGCACUUUCCUGAACCAGAGCGAGCUGAGGUGGCUGUACAUGGAUAAGAACUAUCUGGAUACGCUGAUAGCAGAGAUGUUCGUGGGCCUUGUGAAUCUGGAAUAUCUCAGUUUGGAAUACAACGACAUCCAGAUGAUAGUGGCAGGUGCGUUCGGCCCCAUGCCAAAUCUGAGGGUUCUGUUCCUCAACAACAACUUGCUGAAAUCGUUACCCGUGGAUGCUUUCCUUGGGAUUUCUUUAUCCAAAAUUAGCCUGCAUAAUAAUUAUUUCCCCUAUCUCCCGGUGGCUGGCGUGUUAGACCAGCUCAACUCAAUCAUACAGAUCGAUUUGCACGGGAAUCCGUGGGAUUGCUCGUGCAACAUCGUGCCCUUCAAGCAGUGGACGGAGAAACUCGGGGCCGAUGUGAUAGUGAGCGAUCUCAAGUGCGAGUCCCCUGAAGAGUUUUGGAAACGAGAUUUCCGCUACGUCCGGAACGACCUCAUGUGUCCCAAACUCUAUGACAGAAUCUCCCCCACCUCCCUGUCCAAAAACAGCACUUUCACCCUGGACUCGGGGACGCGCUCGAACUCUUAUUUGGAGCCGAACAGGGUCUCCAUCUCAGUGCUCGUCCCCGGGUUGCUGUUGGUGUUUGUCACGUCCGCUUUCACUGUUGUAGGAAUGCUUGUGUUUAUUUUGCGGAAUCGAAAGAGGUCAAAGCGGAGGGACGGGAACUCUUCCGCCUCGGAGAUCAAUUCCUUACAGACAGUGUGUGACUCGUCUUAUUGGCACAGCGGGCCUUAUCACGCAGACGGGGGCGCGCACCGGGGCUUCGACUGCAGCACGCACCUCUCCACGACAAACGAUGCGUAAAGGGACUGUAUAGAAUAAGCCCACGCCAGACUGGAUUACAAACAGUCACGCAGACAGACUGACACAUGACUAAAACAGCAAGAAUCAGCCGCUUUUGUUCAUCACAGGGGGACACAGACUUGUUUAUGUCUUGUUUCCUCCAGUUGAACCAAGUAAGUCAGUCUGCUGCUGCACAGGCCCCACUCUGUAAUAUAUGUACAUGCCGAGCCCCCCUGGCUAAAACCCCUCCCUCCCUGCCUCCCUCCCUCCUCCUCCCAGUUCUGCUAUUUGCCGCAAUCGGACUACGGAUCAGUAUGAGACAGAAAAAAAGAGGUGGUGGGGGGGGGAGAAAAAAAGGAAGGAGGGAGAGGGCGUGUGUGUGAGAGAGAGAAAGAGAGAGAGAGAGCGAGACCGAGGACGCGGGGAAUGGUGCACGAACGCAUGAAUGUAAAUGUAAAUACUCGGACCCGAUGUAUCAUAAUCUGCAUGAUGAUAUUUCGCAUGGUUUCAACACACACACACACACAAAGCGCGCGCGCGCGACGGCGAGGAACCAUAACCACCAUAACCAACAAAGAAGCAAACUCGACCCUUUCAUGUUAUAUCAAUAUGACGACUAUAUAUAGAUAUUAAGAUUAUGUAUGACUAUUACAAAGUGCCAUUUCUCUAUUUUUUGUGAACCUGCAGUUAGGAUUUGUAUUUGUUGUUUUAAACUUGUUUGGAGAAAAGAGAAAAAAAAUCAACAAUGAUGACUAUCGGAAAGGAGUGAUGGAAGUGAAGCUGUCAGUGCAUGUUAUUUUCUGUUUGUUAUCAUUUGAUUGUCGAUAAAUAUUGGGGUUAUUUAUACCGUAUUAGAUGGUGCAGAUUAAAUCCACGUCUGCGCAGUCAUCAUCUCCUUUAUGAAUGUAAAACUGUGUUAUUUUAUGGUGUGCCAAUUGUUGACUUUCAGAUAUUCAGACAUGCAGAUGAGCAUGACCAAUUAACGUCACUCAGAUGCUUAUGCUGCAAAGUUAAUGUAGCUACAAUAACAGUUCCGUGGUUUUGUGUGUCAAUGAAUAUAGCCUGCUUUGGGUGAGAGGAAGAAAAAAAAACACAAGAAGUAAUUUAAAAAGGGGGGUUUAUACCAUCAUAUUUUUUCAACAACUGAGCAAAGAAGUGUUUUCAAUUGAGCUAUGUAGGUAUAAUUCGAUCUAUGUAAACAGCGCAGGUAGACUGAUAUAGACUAGAAUGCUUUUUUAAUGUCAGAAAAAGAGUAUUCCUCCACAAAAAAGCUUAUGGCUAUGUUUCACUUUCAUCAUAUUGUGAGCUUUUGUAAAGCCAUCUAAUCUUGUCCAAAUAAGAGAACUGAAACUCACUGUAUUUACUACAAAAUGUGCUUGAAAUAGGCUGUUUUAGGGUGUGAGUUGGGAGGUGGGGGGGCACACUAUGGCAACAACUCAGCAAGUGGCCAGACCCAUAGAGAUACAUGAGGUAUGGUGAAAAAACGGACACACACACACAGACACACACACACACACACACACACACACACACACACACACACACACACAGACACACACACACAGACACAGACACACAUGUUGUGGAAGUGAUUCGAUAAUGCGAGAUGCCUUUUUCAAUUCAGCAUUUUGAACUUAAGGAACUCUUCUUGCUGGUCGGGGGGGAGGGGUUCGCAUGGUUUUUGUAGGCUCAUGAAAACAAUGCCAUGACUGAAUACCUGUUUUGCAGAGCUCAGCUGACGGGUCUGCUGCUGCUGCUGCUUAGCCUAUACUGCUUUAACUGAACCUGGAUUUGGAUAUUACAGGAGAAAAACAGCAGAUAAGCAUUAAAAGUUGGGUCAUAUGAAAAAUUCUCAAUUCUUUAACUUCUCUGCGGUGUCUGAAACAUGCGAGGAAUGUGCAAUUAGCAGUCUUUAUUUUGGAUUUUGAUUUUGUUGAAUUAUGAUGUAAAAUUUCCCAGUGCUGACAACUUAUUUUAACUUUGCCAAUUGUUUUCUUUAAAAAAAAACACUUUAAGAUGCCUAAUUUUAGACAAGAUUUCAGCAUAAUUGGGAGAAAAUCUACCUAAGAUGCCAAUGGCCAUGGUGAGAGUGUACAGAGUUGAUGUGAGAUGGGCUUACACCCCCCCCCUUCCCCUCCCGCCCACUAGUAGGCCUACAGUAUCUACCCUAGUAUGCAGACUAGCGCUGUCCAUGGUGCUGAAUCACUCCCCCCCUUGUGCUUUCUUUGUCGGCCUGCCCCCUUGCCCGUGCGUGUGUUUGUGCAUGCACAUGCAUCCCGUCCCACCCCACCCCUAACUCCCACCCCCUUCCCAUGUGUGUAUGAGGACAAAUGAAAGACAGAAAGACAGAAAGAGAGAGAGAGAGACAUAGCGAGAGAGCGAGAGAGCGCAGUUGCGUGACUAUUUGCAUGUAUGUGUCUAAACCCUUACUUCCACACUGCCCUCCCCUUUUCCCCUCUUCCCAGAUAUGUAACCUCGCCGCAGCUUGACCUUGGGGACUAACAUCUCAGCAGAUCUGUGACAAACACUCAUCAUCAUCAUCAUCAUCAUCAUCAUCAUCAUCAUCACCACCACCUCCCUUUUGCAUUUUUUGUCCAGUCACCUUGCUUCCAUCCUCAACUCCCUGUUCCCUGCUCGUCUGUCCAAUCACAGGGAGGGGGGACUGGGGUAACUAUGUGUCUCUUCUGUGGAGUAUUACUGUGCCACAGCCCACUGAUGAUUUGUCAUAAUUUUCAAACGCUGUGUUUCAAAGAUACAUUUAUAUGCUUUGCAAUAUUUGACCUGCUUCUAUUUUGUUAAAUAAAGUGUGGUUGAGGUUGAGUAAAAAAACCA